AUGAUGGUGGUAAACGCUAAAUUAGCUCUGGUGUUGGUGUCGGUGGCCGCUUUCGGUUACUUGCAGACUGCCUUGGCUUAUUCCGAAGGCGCACCUUUGGAAGUGUGCACCGACUUGAUGCCCCAGCACGGAGCCCCCGCCCAGACCAAAGAAUCGCCCUACACCUUAACGCUUAACCGCAAGUCCGUGAAAGGCGGUGAAUCAGUAACGCUGACACUCGCCUCCAAAGACUUUUCCAAAUUCAAAGGCUUCAUGGUCCAGGCUAGAGAUAGCAAUGACAAGCCCAUGGGCUCGUUCACGUCUAUGCCCGCUUCCAAGAACAACGCAGAGUUCAAGGGAAAAUGGAAGCUCCUCAGUUGCCCAGAUGGACCGACCAACAAUACCGCAACUCAUGUAAACGCUGUCGAAAAAUCAAGAGUAGUUCUCACAUGGACAGCACCGAAAACUCUUGACGUGCAGAGUUUCAAAUUCAAAUACACAGUCGCCAAGAACGGUGGAGAAUACUGGGUUGGAAAGGAAUCUGAAAAUGUUUCUGUGACUCAAUCCGGCUGGACUAAGAAAAACUAA